CAUGCGGGAAGAGAGGCCGCCGGCCGCGGGGGAUUCCCGAAUCCGGGCCCGCCGUUAAAGCCCAGUGGGGCCCGCCAUGGAGCCGGGGGGACUCCGGGAAGGUUCAGGCACCUCCUCCGUUCAGGUGCCCUGAUGGCGCGCUGGGCGUCCGGCCGGAGGGCGCGGGCCUAGGGCCCAGGGCCACCGGACGGCCGGACCGGAGGCUCCAGGCCAGCCCAAUCGCCCAGUCGCUCGCCCACUCACUCGCCCACCCGCGGCCGGUCAGCCAUCCCAACUCCUCCGCCCCGUCCCCCCCAUCUAUGGCGAACUCGAGCCACGCGGCCGACAGCGUGUUCCCGGAUCUGUCCCCCCUGACGGCCUUCCUGAAGCUGACCUCGCUGGGCUUCAUCAUCGGCGUGAGCGUGGUGGGCAACCUGCUCAUCUCCGUCCUGCUGGUGAGGGACAAGAGCCUGCACCGCGCCCCCUACUACUUCCUGCUGGACCUGGGCUGCUCGGACGUGCUGCGCUCGGCCGUCUGCUUCCCCUUCGUCUUCACCUCCGUGAAGAACGGCUCCACCUGGACCUACGGCGCGCUCACCUGCAAGGUGGUCGCCUUCCUGGGCGUCCUGUCCUGCUUCCACACCGCCUUCAUGCUCUUCUGCAUCGGCGUCACCCGCUACCUGGCCAUCGCCCACCACCGCUUCUACACCAAGCGGCUGACCUUCUGGACCUGCCUGGCCGUCAUCUGCAUGGUGUGGACCCUGUCGGUGGCCAUGGCCUUCCCGCCCGUGCUGGACGUGGGCACCUACUCCUUCAUCUCCGAGGAGGACCAGUGCACCUUCCAGCACCGCUCCUUCCGGGCCAACGACUCCCUGGGCUUCAUGCUGCUGCUCGCCCUCAUCCUGCUGGCCACCCAGCUGGUCUACCUCAAGCUCAUCUUCUUCGUGCACGACCGCCGGAAGAUGAAGCCGGUCCAGUUCGUGGCGGCCGUCAGCCAGAACUGGACCUUCCACGGGCCCGGGGCCAGCGGCCAGGCGGCCGCCAACUGGCUGGCCGGCUUCGGCCGGGGCCCCACGCCGCCCACCCUGCUGGGCAUCCGACAGCAGGGCGGAGGAGGAGCGGGAGGAGGAGGAACGGGAGGAGGAGGAGGAGUGGGAGGAGGAGCGGCCCGGAGGCGCCUGCUGGUCCUCGACGAGUUCAAGACGGAGAAGAGGAUCAGCCGCAUGUUCUACGCCAUCACCUUCCUCUUCCUCACCCUCUGGGGCCCCUACCUGGUGGCCUGCUACUGGCGGGUCUUCGCCAAGGGCCGCGUGGUGCCCGGCGGCUACCUGACGGCCGCCGUCUGGAUGAGCUUCGCCCAGGCGGGCAUCAACCCCUUCGUCUGCAUCUUCUCCAACAGGGAGCUGAGACGCUGCUUCAGCACCACCCUGCUCUACUGCAGAAAGUCCCGCUUGCCCAGGGAACCUUACUGCGUCAUAUGAGAGGGGCACAAGGCCCCCUCCGCCGGGCUCCGGGGUCCCAAGGGCCUGCCCCGUCGACGGACCGGGGCCCCCUCCCCGGCUAGGAGGACGCCGGCCCAAAGAGGAGCCGUGGCCCCGUCUCGGCCGGUUACGCCGACGUGAGGUAAAUGGGCGGACGGAAACUCACUUGGCGAGGCCGAAGCUCUUUCCAAACGGUUCGUUCCCGCCUCGUUGGGCAGUGACUGGAAAUGGGGCCCGGGGACGGACGGAGGGAGGGAGGGAAGGGCCGGGAGAGGCGGGGAGGGCGCCCCGAAAAGGACUGGAUUCCGCCCGAGCUGUGCCCGCUAUCAGGGGAUUGUCCCACCGAGGAAUCCGGUGGCCCCGUCACCGGGCUUGGGGGCGGUUUCCAAAACCGAAUCUCGGUUGGACCGAUUAGAGUUUACCCCCCCCUCCCCUUUUUUUUCUUUUGGUUGUUUUCUUCUUUUCUUUUCUUUUUUUUCUGUCUGGCCAAACCUGUUACUAUUUCGGAAUCCUCUUCUUCUUACUGGCGACGUUACCGGCGCUGAACCCUAGUCUGUGGUUUUGGCUGGUCUGGUAUCAGAUUUCCUCGAGUCUCAUUUCUAUUCGGCGAGAGCUAGGUAUCCUCCCGCUAGGCAACGCGAACGGUACUAUCCAGUUCCGAUUGAACGGUCCCGGAAACGCAGAAUGAACACGUGUUGCCUAUAAGGGCUUAUCUAGUAUCUUCCAUUUUGUUGAGCAUUGGAGUAAACGAGCAAGGGAAAUGCAGUCGGCGACAGGGCCGUUGUCGGGGAUGCUGGCAAGGGCCAUUAGGCAACCCUCCUCCUCCUCCUCCUCCUCCUCCUCUUUCCCACCUCCUCUUCUCCCUCCUCCUCCUCUUUCCCACCUCCUCU